UUUAGACCUGAUCCAUCUAGGUUAUCAAGUACGAAAAGCCGCGUCAGAAUACUAACGGUAGAACUACUUGAAUCUCAACCUGCCGGGUCCUGGCCAAUUUCAUAGUGAUUACAACAUUUCUCAGUGACGAAACUGAUUUAUAUGGCCUACUACUGAAUGUUUAAAACGGCGGGUUGCAACAAACUGUGAGACUGAUCCACUUGGUUUCGUAGAUCAUCACUUGACCAUAUAACACUGCUAUGUCGACUCAUCCAAUCCCCAUUGUUGAUUUUACUCCGUUCUUAGAUGGAUCUGCGAAACAGCAGGCUGCAGACCAGCUCCUCGGCUCGUUCAAAUCCGCUGGAUUUGUCUAUCUCACGAAUUUUGGUAUUCCGGAGGGAGAGGUCCUAGAGAUGUUUGACUGGCUGAAACGCUUUUUUGCCCUUCCUCACGAAACCAAAAUGCUUGCGCCUCAUCCGGAUUCUGGAAAUCAUCAUCGAGGAUACUCCUACCCUUGCCAGGAAAAAGAAAUCCAAUACUCGGAUUCUGGGGACGAAUUUACUAUUGCACCGCCAAGCAUGAAGGAGUCCUUCGAAUGCGGGAGUGAGAAUAAUGACUUUAUGCCAAACAUCUGGCCGCCCGAUGGCGUACUCCCCGGGUUCAACAAAGCCUGUUUAUCCUUCUUUUGGAAAUGUCACAAAGUCGAACAGACUAUCCUCCGAGCCCUUGCACUGGGUUUUGGCUUGGAGGAGGAGUGGUUCUUGAGGUAUCACGAGACGGCAAAUAGUCAGCUGAGGUUACAUCACUAUCCUAGCAUAUCAUCUGAAUUGCUCGAGACAAACAAGCUAACAAGGAUAUCAGCUCAUACAGAUUUCGACACGCUUACAUUCCUCUUUCAAGGUGAGAUAGGAGGACUGGAAGUCGAGGACCCGAAUGAGCCUGGGAAGUAUGUGGCAGUGCCUCCCAUCCCUAACUCGAUCGUUCUCAACGCAGGCGACUUUUUGCGACGAUGGUCGAAUGACACGAUACGGAGUACAAUGCACCGCGUUGUAGCACCGCCGGGUGUGCUAGCAAAAGAUGGCCUGCUUCCGUCCCGGUAUUCUAUGCCCUACUUCUGUGCUCCCGACAUGUCUAUGAUUAUCGACGCUAUACCGGGCACGUGGUCGGCAGAUCAGCCCAAAAAGUACGAGCCUGUUUCGGUGAAGGAGUAUGCAAUGAAGCGGUUUACCGCAAAUUAUUAAGUUGAAUCAAGGUAAAGGACGUGUAGAUAAUUUGGUAAUUAUCUAUUUUCCUAGGUGCUUCGAGGGUCGGAAUAGUUAUGGAAGGAGUGGCAUAUGUUUAGGCAUUUGUCAUGUUAUGUAUAUAUAUAUUGUAUUGGUAUUCUCAGAUAGUCCUGUGGAUGCUAGCGUUGAUGCUGUCAAGUUGUGCUUUG